GUGUGUGUGUGUGUGUGUGUGUGUUUGUUACCUGGGGCGCAGUUCACAUUCGCGGAGCAGGAAAAGGGCGGAAUAUAAUGCAACAUGUUCAAAAGAUAACGCCCUCUAGGCCCCACGUCACCAUUGCAAACAGUCUUUUUACAUUUACAAUUUAUAUGAAUAAAUGUAAUGAAUUAAAUCAAUAUUUGAGAAAGUUACGUAAAAAAAAGUGCAAUUUGGGUCACUGCUUGUCAUUGAGGGGUGUUGGUAUGUCCCCCAGCAAACAAGAUCAGAACCACUGGCUUAUGUGUGAUUUCCUUUUGGAGAUGAAUUAAGUAUCUAUUUAUCUAACCAUUAGCAUUCAACACACCUGUGGAAAUGGUGUGUUUGAGAUCGGCAACCCUGUUUGUUUUUUAUUUACGUUCGACUUAGAGGUGUAGUUUCAAGUGUUGUCAAAAAAAAAAACAUUUUGAAAAAGUAUUAUUAUAAAUUAGUUUAAUGAGAUUGAAACUAUUAAGAUAAAAGUACACAUUUGUCAUUAAAUAUUAAUUCAUUAAUUGUGUAAAUUGUAUUUCUUUAAUUAUUAAAUGUUAGGUAGUAUUUGUUUGCAUUUUUUUAAAUAUAGUUUUUUUUUAGAAAAUCCAAUACAAAUAAAUCACUGGUAUACUUUUAAGUUAACAAUUUACUGCUUUGGACUACAUUAGCACAUUUGUUAUUUUCUAAUAGUUUACUUUUAAGUGCAGUAGUAAAGGUAAUGGUUUCAUUUAUUUUGAACAUGCAUGCAGUACAAGUUACUUUGGAAUGCAUCACUUUGUACAAUUCACAGUUCCACAUGUCCAAAAAGGAGUAGGAUGGAGCAAAGCCAAUUUUAAAUACAUAGGAAAAUGAUAAGGCGGUAUAACAAUGUGGUGCAAUAGGAGUAUGAUAAGUAGGAGUAUGAUAAAUAUAUAAUAACUGAUGAAAAGGUUAAUAGUUGACAGAAGCAUAGUUGGACGAUGAGUGAGUACAGACAACGUACUGAAGUCAGCUGGGAUAGGCUCCAGCAUACCCGCGUAGCCCUAGUGAGGACAAGCGGCAUAAAAAAAUGGAUGGAUGGUUGAUAUGUUAAAGGUUUUUAGCGUUGUUGUUUUAAGUUAAAUUUUUCCCCUUAGGCCAUAUUUCUCCUCUCUUGUUGAGAAGAUUUGUAUUAUGUUUUUAGGUAGCAGGUUAUUUUUUGCUUUAUGCAUAAUUGUAGCUGUUUGAAAGAUUAUCAGUUCAUCAAAUGUUAAUAAUUGUGAUUUUAGGAAUAAAAUCUCUAUUAUGGAUUAUCUUAACUGACCUUUUUGGGAUUACAUUUAGCAAAUGAAGUGCACUUUUCUAGUUAUUUCCCCAUAUUUCCACACAAUAAGUUAGAUAUGGUAAUACCACAAAACAAUAGCGAGUAUGGAGUGAUUUUUGGUCCAGAUCAAAUUUAGUUUUAUUCAGUAUUGAGGUAUUUCUUGCCACUUUAUGUUGUAUAUUUUUGAUGUGAGAUUUCCAUCUCAUAUUUUAAUUUAUUAUGACCCCCAGAAAUGUAUUUUUGUUCACCCUUUCAAUGUCCACGGCAUCAGUUUGCGUCCUUUCUGCUAUUACCAAAUAACAUUUCAGGAUAAUUAGUUUUUAUGUUUUUCUUCUUAGUAUAGUCAUUUUUUACUUUUUUAUUAGCUUGUGUGUGCUUUCUCCAGAAGAAAAUGUAGUAGUAUUGUCUGCAAAUAAUCCUAGCUUCAGGUCUUUUGUGACUUUACAGAUGUCAUUUAUAUAUAUAUACUGUAUAUAUAUAUAAGUUGAACAGUUUUGGUCCCAGUAUUGACCCCUGGGGUACGCCGCACGAUACAGUAUACACUCCUGAUCAAAAUCUUAAGACCAGUUGAAAAAUUGCUAAACUUGCUGACUGCAGCACAAUAAUCAUCAGAUGGCAUCUGCGGGAAAGAGUUUAAAAAACAAAAAAGGAAUUCAAAGACCUCGUCUCCUUCAAUGCCACAAAACUGCCCGUGACUUUGCCAGGGAGCAUCAAACAUGGGACAUUGAAAGUUGGAAAAAAGUUUUAAAAAUGUAACCUAGACGGUCCAGAUGGCUUCCAACGUUACUGGCAUGACAAGGAGAUCCCACCUGAGAUGUUUUCUACCCGGCACAGUGGAGGGGGGUCCAUCAUGGUCUGGGGCGCUUUUUCAUUCAGUGGAACACUGGAGCUUUAGGUGGUGCGGGGUCGUCAAACGGCGGCUGCUUACAUGCAGAUGUUGCAGCAGGCAUCCCUCAUGACUGAGGGCCCUCGUCUGUGUGGUAACAGCUGGGUUCUUCAACAGGACAACGCUGCAGUUCACAAUGCUCGCUUGACCAAGGAUUUCUUAAGGGAGAAUAACAUCACUCUUUUGGACCAUCCUGCAUGUUCCCCUCAUUUAAACCCCAUAGAGAACAUUUGGGGAUGGAUGGCAAGGGAAGUUUAUAAAAAUGGCUAUCAGUACCAGUUGGAAGUUGAAAUGUUAGCUCUGUAUUCGUAUUGGCUGUCCGAGAGUAAUUCAUUCUUAUAUAUAAAUUUGUCCAACCUGUUCUUGAAUAGCUUUUCAAUGAUUUUUAAUUUGUGAAUUGAUGUUUGUCUCCAUUUUUGAAGAUUGGUACUACCGUACUUUAGCCGAUUUCAUUUGGUUUGGAAAUAUACCAGUCUGAAACAAAACAUUACUGAUGGAUGUCAGCAGUUCUGUUAUCUCAUUAAUGACCUUUUUUAUGAUUUUCAUUUCAAUUCCAUUACAAGCAGUUGACGUUUUUGCUUUACAUUUACUGACAAUAUCAAUGAUUUUUCUGUCACAUCAUUGAGGAACAUGGAGUUGGGAUUCCUGUCUACAAUUUCAUUCCCUUCCUCCAAUCAAAAGAAAUAGGUGAUCCUUUCUUCCAAGUUUGGUCCAAUAUUUACAAAGUAGUUCUUUAACCUUUCAACUGCCUUGUUCAUAUUAUCAUUUUUGGCAUUUCCAUCUGUCAAAUACUGAGGGCCAUCUGCCUUCUUAUUACCGUUCCUGAUUAUAUUGUUUAGGAUGUCCCACGUUGCUGUAAUGUUUCUUUAUUCUUGUCUGGUGAUUAUAAUAUUUUUUCUUACACACUCAAAAUAUUGAACUUGUUUUUAUACGUUUUUGUACAAUAAAUCCCUGAUGGCAAACUUUAAGCGAGAACAAGUCUAAAAGUAAGGAACUCAAGCAAAGCACCGUAGAUGUUUGCAAAAUACAAGGAAGAAUUUGUUAUGUUUUUUGUACUUUAUUAUUGAUUUUUGGAUUAUUAUAUAAGCCGCACGGUGGUCUAGUGGUUAGCAUGUUGGCCACACAGUCACAGUCAGGAGAUCGGGAAGACCUGGGUUCAAAUCUCGGUUUCUGUGAGUUUGAGUUUGCAUGUUCUCCCCGUGCGUGUGUGGGUUUUCUCCGGGUACUCCGGUUUCCUUCCACAUUCCAAAAACAUGCAUGUUAGUUUAAUUGGUGACUCUAAAUUGUCCAUAGGUAUGAAUGUGAGUGUGAAUGGUUGUUUGUCUAUAAGUGCCCUGCGAUUGGCUGGCGACCAGUCCAGGGUGUACCCCGCCUGUCACCUGAAGUCAGCUGGGAUAGGCUCCAGCAUACCCCUGCGACCCUAAUGAGAAGAAGCGGCAUAGAAAAUGGAUGGAUGGAUGGAUGAUUAUUAUAUAUAUGAUUCUUAUUUAUGAUUGUGGAACAACCUUGACCCAUUAUAUUACCAUAUUGUUACAUGAUCUCAUCACUUUUCUAUGUUGUAAAAAGAUCACAUAUGAAAUACAGUGUCACAGGCGGCGUGUAGCCGCUAAUUAGUAUCCCAAGAUGCAGAGAGACAAGUGUCCGUGUCACAAAAAUAUAUUUACAAGUUCACAAAAAAUAUAAAGAACAAAAAUGCCAACAGGUCAAAAGAACAUACACUCCGGGCAUAGCUGCGGGAAAAAUAUACAACAAAAGGGAAUAAGUAAGGACGUUGAGUAAACGGAAAUACAGUAGCAAGGGCAAAAAUACAAGGCUGACAAAAAACACUGCUGAAAAACCAGCAGGAAAAAAUGAAACAGAAAUAGUGCAAAAUCAAGAAGAAUCCAAAAUUACAAAGUACAAGAAAAAAACACUGCUGGGACACCCCAAGCAGGGAAAGACAAGUACAGUACUGACUAACACAGGGAACGAAGGAAAAGCGAGGCAAAGAAAGUCGGAAUCAGACUUGCAUAGGAAGACAAUCUGGCAACAGGUAGGUAGCAAGGCAGGGUCAAAAUAGUCCGAGAUAAUUGUUUUCAAGUGUGCAUGAGCUCCUCCCACGGGUCGGCAGGUGUGCUGCAACAAAUGACAGUUAGAGGGCAGCAGAGCAGCACCAUAGCUCAUGACACACAGGAAGUGAAUAAAUGUACAGCAACAGAUGUGAAACGAUGGAGAGUACCGGAUGUGCGAAUGGAAUUCCUGAGUAAAAGAGAAAGGGGAGAGCUCGCUGCUCAGAAAGUUGACUUCCUCAAGCACCACAUCUUGAGACCGGUGAAACUGAGCGUCACCAUGGAUGGGGGGUUACACAUCGGGGAUGUUGUGAUGCUAGUGAACAUAGGCGAACAGGGCGAGUGUUGUGCUUUAAGCAUCAACGCAUACGUUGAGAACAUGGUGAAGAUUCCUUCUCCUGGCAUUAUUGCUCCAUGUGGAAUUAGUGCUGGGAGAAGCAUUCAACCCUGUGUGCGUACUGCUUUCAUCAUUACCAGUGUGGACGGCACUCCUGAAGGAUCCACUCUGCACUACGAGCAAAGUUUUGCCCUGAAAACAACAAGUGGCUUUGCCCGGGGCCUUUACCUGACAAGUGACGUGCUGAGUUUCCGAAAGUCUGCACAGAGGUCUCGUCUCCAGGAAGUAAAUGUGGACGAAAGCAAUUCCUUUCUCUCCUGGUGGAAGAUAGUGCACUUUGAUCCCCAGGAAAGACUUGAACACGAGGGUCUGCCUGUACCUGCUAACUUCAACGUGGUCAUCCUCCACUGCAAGACCAACCGGGCUCUGGCUGUUUUGGAACAUCACGUUCUUGGGACCACAUAUGGCAAUGAAUAUGAGGUGACUGCGCAUACCUUUUUGGACGCCCAUAAAGCUGAAAAGUCCAACAACCACUGGAUACUGUGCACCUCUGACCCGGGAGGCGAAGGACUUGUGCUUCUUAAUCGCCUGCAGUCAGAGGCGGACAGAAUGGCGUCAACACAAGAAAACACUGACAGUCCGACAGAGUACAUCACAUGCAGUGUAUGUAAUUAUCGAGAAGACAGAUAAUUUGGAACUAUCUUAGAAAAACAGACUUCUGUGUUUUUGGCGAUCAUUUCCGAUGAACCAGAGUUGCUUUGCUAUAAUACAAGCUCUCAAGGAAUUCUU